AUGCAAAGCACUGUAAACAAGCUUUCGCUAGUUAUCGGAAACUAUGGUCAGAACGACCACUACGAGGACUCACAUAUCCCCCAACCUCAAAUCGAUGAGUCCAUGCUCAUAGCUAUGCAGCAGCACAUGGCACAGCAGGCUGCCUUUUCCCAGAUUCCUGAUGUCGUCAAAGGGCUCAUCGUCCACUUCCACCAACCUGUUCUGGAAAAUAACCUUGCAGAGUUGAUUGCUCCCCUCAUCAAUGACGAUUCCAUAUUCCUUGUCCUCUACCGCGAACUCUGCUACCGCCACGUUUACUCACGCCUCCAACUCAACCUCGACGAUCGCUUCCAUUCAUACGAAAACAGCUGCAAGCUCUUCAACUACCUCUUAAAUUCUGAGGGCCCCUGCACGGGCGAUCUGUUUGAUGUAUGUGGCUGCGAAGCAUAUACAGUAGGUCGUCUUGAGGGCUUCAAAUCUCUUCUAAAUAUUUCCUCCAGAAAACAUGUCGUCCGCGGAGGGGUGACCAACGGUCAUCAAUGGAUUUUCCUGAUACUGAAACUCUACGAGGACGGCAACGGCGGCAAAUUUUUCCAAUCACAUGCGAUAAAUCUCUUCAUGGACGAUGAGGGAGGUAUUUGCCGCCUCAGAACCUCUUUAAUCACAGCCAUUAUCGCACACUGGAUCCAGCAUAGUCAUGAAGAGUUUAGUGAUGAUAUCUCCGAUUUUUUUAUGCAGGAAUGA